GAAGGAUCUGUUAUAUGAUACUUCACAAAAGCGAAGCUGGGAAGGCUAACAGAUCAAUUCGAGUGGGACAUCCAACGAGUCAACAUGAGUAUCAGUGUCAGAGAAUCCAGUAAGCAGAAGCCAAGUUACUGGCAUAGCGUUGGGACCGAACCCCUGUCCACUCUUACGCUGGGCCAACUUGUAGACAUGGCUGCCGAGCGCUGGGCCGAUAAAGAAGCCGUGAAAUCUCUUUAUGAAGGGCGCAGUUUUACAUUCAGAGAACUCAGGGACAAGGCCGAUCGCCUUGCCGCAGGGCUCCUGCAGCUGGGUCUCAGCCCCGGAGACCGACUUGGAAUCUGGGGCCCUAACUCCAGCGACUGGUUCAUCUCCAGGAUUGCCGCAGCGAGAGCUGGGUUAAUAGCCGUACUAAUGGACCCUGCGUACCAGGGGCCUCAGCUGCUGCACAGCUUCAACAAAGUGGACAUUAAGGCGCUCAUCUGUUCAGAGUUCUACAAGACAAACAGCUGCUACCAGAUUGUGCGUACUGUAAUCCCUGAACUGGACAACUGCCCGGAGUCCGGGAUCGAACUGAGGUGCUCUAAAGCUCCAUCACUGAAAGCACUGAUCCUCAUGAGCGAGAAAAAGUAUCGAGGAGCAUACAGACUCAGUGAUAUUAUGGCAUCUGCACGUCCAGAAACUAUAAGGAUAAUUCAAGAAUUACAGACGAAAAUACAACCUGAUGAAGGAUGCGCUAUCCAGUUUUCAUCUGGCACAACGGGGUCCCCAAAAGGAGCACUGCUAAGCAACCACAACAUCGUUAACAACAGCAUGAUGCUUGGACGUCGAAUUGGUCUGGACGCAAAGGGGGCGAAGACUAUAGCUGGUACACCGUACUACCACACCUCGGGUACAAUACUGAACAUCUUCUGCACGCUCAGCUUUGGUGUCACCACAGUAAUAGCGGCACCUGUGCUCGAUGCCAGGAGAAUACUGGAAGGGAUCAUACAGGAGAGGUGCACGCACAUUUUUACUACCCCAUCCCUGUAUUUGGACCUGAUAUCUACGUCACAAGACCUAGGCCUUAAGGUCACGACGCUUGAGGUCGCUAGUUACGGGGCAGCUCCGUGUUCCCAAGAGCUGGCGCUGCAGAUUAAGGAAGUGCUGAAUGCCAGAACAUUGAUCCCAAUUUUCGGUAUGACAGAGGUAGCAGCUGUGUUCUGUUCACGCAGAGGAGACACCUUACAGCAAACAACAGCAACAGUUGGCUACGUCAUUGAUCACUGUGAGGCUAAAGUUGUUGACAAGGAAGGACGUAUGGUUCCCAUGGGAACCCCUGGAGAGCUCUGGGUUCGAGGUUACAGCGUGAUGUUAGGAUACUGGAAUGAAGAAGAGAAAACUCGUCAGUUCAUUGGUCCUGAUGGAUGGGCGAAAACUGGGGACCAGUUUGUGCUGCAGGAAGACGGAUAUGGACGAAUUGUUGGAAGACUGAAAGACAUGAUUAUCAGGAUUUCUGACAACACCUUUCCAGUGGAGAUAGAAGAAUUUUUUGCUGGACACCCUGACAUUCUUGAAGCUCAGGCAUUUGGGGUACCGGACACAAAAGUUGGGGAGGAAAUCUGUGUAUUUCUGAGGCUAAGGGAUGGAGCAACCCUCACAGAGCAGGAUGUCAGGAAUUACUGCAAAGAUAAGGUUUCUGAAUACAAAAUCCCACGGUACAUCCGGUUCGUAAAGGAAUUCGAGAGAACAGCGGUCGGCAAAGUGCAGAAGUUUCGUCUCCUGCAGCAGUUACAGCAAGAACUGGCACAAAAUAGUUCCUGACAACAAGAACUGUGUGCAAAGCAUUAGAACAGGUGCAAAGGUUUCUGACAACAAGAACUGUGUGCAAAGCAUUAGAACAGAUACAAAAUGGUUUCUGACAACAAGAACUGUGUGCAAAGCAUUAGAACUGGCACAAAAUGGUUUCUGACAACAAGAACGAUGUGCAAAGCAUUAGAACAGAUACAAAAUGGUUUCUGACAACAAGAACUGUGUGCAAAGCAUUAGAACUGGCACAAAAUGGUUUCUGACAACAAGAACGAUGUGCAAAGCAUUAGAACAGAUACAAAAUGGUUUCUGACAACAAGAACUGUGUGCAAAGAAUUAGAACAGACACAAAA